UACGUUACCAAGCUGCUUGAAAAUUACCUUCAAAUCGCGCUAUAAUAACAAAUUGAUCUUGAUGAUUAUCAAAAAUUUCUUAUCUUUUGAGAUCCAUCUUCUACAAAGUCGUGUUCAAAGUAUAUAAUCAAUUUUAAACAUGGGACCAAAGCCUCCUCAAGAGGAUACAAUUCCAUCUUCGAAAAAUCCGAAAAACGUCGACUUUUUCGUAAAUGAUGGUCCCCUUUACGACGAGGAUGUUGACUUUAGCGAAAUGAAUACCGAAAUUGACGAGGAUGAAAAAUUACUGAACGACACGGUUGCAAAAACGCGUGCAUCCAUCAUUCCGAAACGACCCACCCCCAAAGCGGAAAGGAAAUGGUGUCAAUAUUUUCCAUGCUGUUUAAAACUCCCGUUGGAAAUUGGGAUUCAAAUAUUAUGCGUUUUGGACUUGGUAAAAAAAAAACAUAAAAUUCAUAAUUUGACAUGAUUUCAAUUUAACAAUUUUACAGAUUUACUGCAUACUUUCCCUCGUUUUAUGGUCAACCUUCCUCGGAAUGGACUUAUUCGCUCACAAAUUGUCCGAGUUGAACCAAACAGAUCGUUUCAGACCACCGGAUAACUCUGGACCUGUUAUAGGUGACCCGUUCGAGACCUCAACUACGACCGCCAAGCCUCCAUGGACGCUGAGAACGGAAACCACAGAAAUUCCAAAGUAUGACCUUGACGUAGUGGAUUCAGACAUUUUGAGCAAACAGUACUCUAAAAUUGCAAGAAUAACGGUGGCUCGACACGAAGCGAUCGAACGGGCGUGUGGUCACCACUAUUUAAUUAAAUACUUGUUCAUGCAUGAGUUAAUGCAGACGAGAGAAAUUUGGCAGGAUUUUAUUUGGACGGCAAUAAUUGGAGAGCUAAUUUUCCUUCUGACUGCCGUUUUGACGUUGAUGUGCGUCUGUUGUUUUAUUGAACACCGUGGGGCAAAACUGCUCGUCAUGAUAUUAUGGUGGCUUGAAUGGAUUCCCAUUUUUCUGCAUUAUGACGCACUCAUUCGGAGUCAAAGUAAACGGCUUUGCAUUUUAGAGAAUGCAUCGGCCUACAUCAAGGGACAGUUAUUUUUUCUAAUUUUCCUCGUUAUUCGUGCCAUGAUGUUUAAGCCGUACCAACUUUUGGUGCACUUUUGCUACAUUAAGGAACUCCUCGUUUACGGGUACCUGAAGGACGAGUCGAUCAAUUCCAUCGAGGAAUCGCAAUACGCUCAGAAAUAUUUCCAACCAUUUUACGACUUGGAGGAAGAUCGAGAGAGUGGGAAUGUGGACGCUUAUAAAAAUACGGACACCACAGUUUCCGUAGGUUUCGAUACGAUUAUUCCGGCGGAAGUGGCUAACGUUCAAAAUAAAGUAAUGACCAAUCAAGAUGACCCAUUCUCGAUACGUAAUCAAGAAAUUAUAGCCGUCCAGUCGGGAAAAAUUGAGCAAAAUAUCAAAUCCGUUCGACACUUUUGAAAAAUUCGGAGUGUAUUAAAUACAAUUAAAUGUGUAUAGAUUUGCUAUUUAGCAAAUCUAUUACUUGAUUAGUAUUUAAAUACUAAUCAAGUAAUAGUACUAGGAAUUAAGAAUAUAUAUAAAAUAUUUGUAAUUGAGACCUUUAAUUAUCAUGCUUUAUGACUUAUCAUC